AUGGGGGGGGCCGGGGACCUGGGGAACGCCCUGCACAACCUGCACGGCCCGCGGAAAGCGGCCGCGCUGGCCCUGUGCGUGGUGGGGAUCUACGGGUCGUACCUGACUCAGGGGGUGGUCAGCGAGGAGCUGGCCUCGAAGACGUUCGGGCCCGCGCAGGAGCGGUUCCCGCACGUGGUCUCGCUGGCGACGGUGCAGGCGGCGGGGUGCUUCCUCUUCGCGUUCCUCAUCCUCGCGGCCUUCCAGCUCGUCGGCGGCGAGGGCCCGAAGAGCGGCCUCCCGCCACUUACCGCGUACCUCCGCCCCGCGCUGACCAACUCGAUCGGGCCGUCGUGCGGCAUCCAGGCGCUGAAGAACGUGUCGUACCCGGCGCAGGUCCUCGCCAAGUCCUGCAAGGCGGUGCCCGUGAUGCUCAUGGGUGUCGUCCUCAACGGGCGGCGGUACGCGGCCGCCGAGUACGCGAGCGCGCUGCUCGUGGCCGCGGGCAUCUCGACGUUCGCGCUCGCGAAGGCCUCGUCGAAGGCCGCCGCGAGGCUCGCGGCCCCGAACGCCCCCCUGGGGUACUUUUUGAUCGGUAUAAACCUGUUGUUUGACGGGUACACCAACGCGGCGCAGGACGCGCUCAACCACGCGUACCCCGGCACGACGCCGCUGCACAUGAUGUGCGGGAUGAACCUGUGGACCGCGCUCAUCACGGGCGCGUACACCGCCGGCGCGACCAGCAUGGCGCGCGAGGUGUGGGACUUCUGCGUGCGGCACCCCGAGGCCGCGCGCGACGUGGCGCUCUUCUGCGCGUGCGGCGCCGUCGGGCAGCUCUUCAUCUUCCUCACGAUCAAGGUCGGCGGCAGCCUCGCGUGCACGACGAUCACCACCACGCGCAAGUUCUUCAACAUUCUGCUCAGCGUGAUGUGGAGCGGGAACCCGCUGCUGCCGGGGCAGUGGGCGGGCGUCGCGGGCGUCUUCGCGGGGCUCGCGCUGCAGACGUGGAUCAAGGCGGUGCAGCGCGGCCGCCUGAAGAGGAAGGCCGAGUAG